AGAAAAAAGAAGAAGAAGUUUGAGUUAAAAAAACAAGCCUGACGGCGACGGGCUGAACGACGUUGUUCACUGGCGACGGAGUAGCUUAUCCACACGUAGCUGUCACACGACGGUCUCCUUUGGUAGUUUAUCCGUGGCACUAUCCAGCCGCCAUGAAAUUCAGCCCUGUUUUAGCCUAGUCCAAUUUUCAAUGUCUAUUAGACGUCUAUAUGUAGUCGUUCAAUAGGUGUUUUAAUAAUGCGAGUGAGCUCCCUAUAUAGUGCUCUACAUACUACUCCCUACAUAGGGGGUAGGGAGUAGUGAAUGAGAGGGGAUUUCGGACACAGCCAAUGAGGCUCAUUUGUCACAGGGAUUCCCUGGUUCAACAACGUCACACAGUGGGCGGCGGCAAAUGUGGUUUUUUAGUUUACGAAACGUUCUCCUUUUAUCAUAUCAUAUUUUCUUGUCUAAAUAACAGUAACUUGUUUGUGAUAUAACUAUCAAUUUACAGAUCGAGUAUUUCUAAAGAACGUUAAAUAGAUUGUUCUCUUUACGUUAUUAAACCUUUUACGAUAUUUUAUUAUUUUCAAAUGUAUUUUCUGUCAUAGCAGCGAAUAAUAUUAAUUAUUAUUAUUAUUAUUAUCUUUCACACGGCUACCCGCCGAAGUAGUUAGCUAGCCAGCCAAAUGACAGCUGUCCCCGGCACAGCUGGAUUGUGGCACCGCCAGCUACCAAAAUCAUUUUAAACUCAUGUAUUUGUCUACGUGUUGUGAAGACUGUUGUGCUGUUGCAUUGGUUAAAGUUUUAUUCAAAGUGUAAAGUAAAUGUCAGAAGUGUAACUAAGGAGAAUUACUGCAAUCAGGGAUGGACUGGGAUAAAAAAAAAAAGUGGACCUGGAGUCUUUGCAGAGGAUUUGACUUCACCAACACACACAUACACGCACACAAAUCAAAACAAUGUCACUUUUAAGAGCCAAUCUCUCUCUCUCUCUCUCUCUCUCUCUCUCUCUCUCUUUCUCUCUCAUUUUGUGUAUUGUUUUUAUAUUGCAUCUGUAUUGUUUGUAUUUGUAUGUGAUGUCCCUCAAUUCUGAUGUGAGGAUCUUUGAUGAUCCCAAUGAUGCCAGGAUCCACAUGGCAGUAUUAAUUAGUGAUGCUCAUCUCCAUGAUGCCAGGGCUGCCAUGGAAAAUCCUGCCUUUCCUCAAAGAAAAACGAGGACAAGCAGGAAGAGAUCGCUCACUAAUCCAAUGGUCACAGGCAGACGUGAGAAACGUCGGGAAAUACACUGCCUGGAUCAGGGUCAUGGGAGGCUGGAGCCAAUCCCAGCUGACAUCGGGCGAAAGGCGGGGUUCACCCUGGACAGAAACAAGACUCCAAGAGUUAAGGGACACCAUAACUGCAGUCCAGGUUCCGGGGGGAACAGGCAGAAUGGUUUCUGCUUGGGAACAAAGGCAGCUUCUCACAGAUGUGAGAAUGAAAACUGCUAGGCCUGUGCUUUUUGAUGCAAAGCUCUCAGCCGAGAGAGUAUUCAUGCAGAGUUGUCACAGAUGCUGUGCUGUAGAAGCUGUGAUUAGGUGCCUGGGCUGUGUACCACUGGAAAUGGAGUUCCUCUGUGCUACCUGUGACAUGGAGGCCCACAAGAGAAAUGUCUUCUAUGCCAGAGAGGCUGUGUUCCAAGGAUUCCUUGAGCCCAUUCCCCCUACAACUGCUGUGGUGGUCAAUGAAAAUGGCCAGGCUCAGUUUUGUGAACAAAUAUGUCAGCUGCCUGUUCCUGCACCAAGGUCAAUUUGUGAAUGCACUCAUGACCUCACAAUCACUCCAGGGAAGCAUAUUUCUGUGGUCACCAUCAAUGGACAAUACGAUCUCUGCUUGCCUCGGAAAUCUUGUCCCUCAUGCUCUGCAGAAUGGACUCCCAAGGUGAAGGACCUGCUUGUUUAUCAGUACUGGCCAGCUAGCACCAGCUGCCAGACCCUAUACAAGUUUGAUGUCUUCACCUCAUUUGAACAUAUGAAGGUGACGGCACCAGCCAUGUCCAGGCAGGCCUUCCUGAAAAUGUUGGAGCACAGAUCUGUUCAAGCUGGAAGGGCAGGCAGUAUCUGUGCAGAUACGUUUCAGCGAAGCUUUUUUGAGUUUACCUUCUGUCAAUACAAAGAAGAGGAUAUGUGCCAGGUCCAUCAUUUUGAGUGUCCAGCACGUUCUCCAGACAUGUUGGCUGUCUGCUCUGAUGGAAAACAUUACCGCUUCAGCAAGUCAAAAGGGACUGAGGAGCCACCCAUAUAUGAGGGCUUGUUCCUGGCUAAGGAAGAGGAAUUUGCUACCUUUGUUGACCUUGUCAGAGGCAACAUGAGAAGUGCAAAUGACAGUGCUGUCUGCAGUACUGCCAAGUUCACCGCUGGCAGAGAGAUGUCCAACAGGUCUGGUGCUCAGAUAGACGAGGAGGGCGUUAAAGUUGCAGUUUGCAGACACGGGUCUCUUACGAGGACUGAACCAUUACCGUGGAGAAAUAUUUGCUUAUCCGAUGUUUCUUCAAAAAGAGACGUCAAAGAAGGCAAAUGUUACCUUCUUCUGUAUGGAUGUUACAUGCAGGUACUGGCCCUACCUUAACAAAGUAGCAGAGGGGUUACCAGAGCUUCUGCCAUUGACAGAAAUGAGGCCAUUCCUGAGCAUUAUGCAUGCCAAAGCCCAUACAGCAAAAUGUAAGCUUUCUCUCCAGGGCAGCACUUGUCACAAAAUACAUGACAAAGGCAGGAAGAGUGAACAUGCUAACACGACAGGCCAUGGGUUGGAACAGAAGAAAGUGGGACAACCUUCAUCAAGUGUUAGCCCACAGAUAUUUCAAAAUAGACAGAGAGGGCAAAGGUGGAAGCUGCCAGCCUCAGCAACAUCAAGAAGGAGCACAACCUUGAUCGGGACACAAUACAGCAGUGGGUGUGUGAUGUCAGACAAUGGGCAGUCACAGAGAACAACCAGGCAAGACAAAGAAAGAAGAGUUAAAGAAGAAGCUCCAUGAAAAGGUCUUGCAAUACAACACCGUAGUGGAAGGAGAUCCGAUUGACGAGGAGUUGGCUUGCAGUCUGACAGAGGGAUACAUCCUACCAUGGGAGAGACAUGAACAUGGUUUCGGUGACUUGACAGAGGACGCUACACAUGGGCUCAACAGUGUCCUCAAUCGGAGGGGUCAAUCACUUAGAAGUCAACACAAACAGGCGGUUAAUGCAUACAGCAGUAUAGCCACUAUGGAAUGUGAUUUUCUUUCCUUACAGGAGGACAUUGAGGAGUGGGAUGACAAUUGCUUCAUCAGCCCUGAGUCUGAGGAAGAAGACACCUAAAGACCACUACCAAACAACACAGAGGAACUGAUUUGUACAAAAAAAAAUAGCUGUACCAAAGUAUCUACAGGAAAGUUUUGCUAGAUUCUGUAGGUGUUUUUAUUUAAAAAAAUAGAAAAAUGGCAGUCUGUGUAAUUUAGAUAAUAUAGUAUAAUUCAAAUGUACAUUGGUAUUUCCAUAAUAUGAGGAUUUAUAUUUGGUUGCAAUAUGCACAUACUACCCAUAUUAUUUUGUAGUUAUUUGUAGUAAAAGCAUACUGAAUACCGUCAAAUAGCAUUGAAACCCUAAAUGUUUUUCUUUUAUGUUUUCCAUAUGACAUCAUCUAAAUGUACAUACAGACAGACAGACAGACAGAUCCAAUCAUUUUUGACUUACAUCCUGUAAAACUGUAUAAAUAAAUAUCUUUGUU